UGACGUGCCGUCGACUGUGGGCAGGAAGAACGCGCGCGUGUGAUCGCAUUGAUCGCUCUGGUUCAGACGCGGCGCAGCUCCAGCGGGAAGCGCUUCUGAUGCCGGCCCGGGGACUCCGACAAGCCGAUCACCAGCGCAGAGCUCCAGCGAGCGCAAGCGGAAGCCGAACACCGGCCUGCGGGCGCGCCGACACCGACUGACGGAAGCACAGAGGCGUGUGCGCGCAGAGAGGGAGAGAGAGAGAGAGAGAGAGCGGCCAUGAGAGAGUACAAAGUGGUCGUGUUGGGCUCCGGUGGCGUGGGCAAAUCCGCCCUCACCGUGCAGUUCGUCACCGGAUCCUUCAUCGAGAAGUACGACCCGACGAUAGAGGACUUCUACCGCAAGGAGAUCGAGGUGGACUCGUCGCCGUCGGUGCUGGAGAUCCUGGACACCGCGGGCACCGAGCAGUUCGCCUCCAUGCGGGAUCUGUACAUCAAGAACGGGCAGGGCUUCAUCCUGGUCUACAGCCUGGUCAACCAGCAGAGCUUCCAGGACAUCAAGCCCAUGCGGGACCAGAUCAUCCGCGUCAAGCGCUACGAGCGCGUGCCCAUGAUCCUGGUGGGCAACAAGGUGGACCUGGAGGGCGAGCGGGAGGUGAGCUCCGGGGAGGGCAAGGCGCUGGCGGACGAGUGGAGCUGCCCGUUCAUGGAGACCUCGGCCAAAAACAAGGGCUCGGUGGACGAGCUGUUCGCGGAGAUCGUGCGUCAGAUGAACUACGCGUCCGCGCCGAACGGGGACGAGCAGUGCUGCUCCUGCGCGAUCCUCUAGCGGCCGCGGCGCCGGCGCGCGCACGCACGCUCCCCCGUUGCCAUGGUGAGUGACAGAGAGAGCCGUUAAACAACCGACCGACGGGGACGAACACCGAAAACUUCUGUCAGCGAGCAGUUCAAGACACCGAUCACCGGGGGAAAACCGACCGACGAGGACUUCUGUCAUCGAGCAGUUAAAGAGACCGAUCACCGGGAAAAACAUCAUCCGAGAUGCUGGAGACUGAGAUAUUCAGGCCUUCAGUGUGUGUGUGUGUGUGUGUGUGUGUGCGUGUGUGUGUGUGUGUGUGUGUGUGUGUGUGUGUGUGUGUGAGAGAGAGAGAGACGGACAGCGCCUUAAAGAGACAGUUCACCCUUUUCCACUCGGCCUGUAAACACUGACUUUCAUUGUGUUUGUUUCUGCUCCUGUGGGUGUCACUGCUGACGUCACUGCUCAGAGGGUCCUCCUGUGUGUGUAACAUGACAGACAAACCGAAAUCCGGUUUAUUUUCAGUGUGAACUGUUCCUUUAAGAGUCAGAAACACACAUUCAGGUUAACCUGAAGUGAUGCACGUCAUCAGUCUUAUGAAGAGAAACAAACACUCGAGCUGUGUGAGAAACUGAGGGUUAUUCAGCACAGCUGUGUGUGUGUGUGUGUGUGUGUGUGUGUGUGUGUGUGUGAGAGAGACUCGAACACAUCAGCUCAUGUGUGUUUACUACAGAAACAGGAUGCAUGAAUACACUUCUGAACGCUUCAUUUCUUGCACAGACCGAUUGUUUCUCCUCAUAAGUCAGCGCUGUGCGUGUGUGUGUGUGUGUGUGUGUGCGUGUGUGUGUGCGUGUGUGUGUGUGUGCGUGUGUGUGUGUGACUCAUUAUAUGAAUCAGCGUUCCUCAGCAUCUCGGAUGGUCAUCAGUAGUUCCCCCUGAGCCGUCUCUUUAACUGCUGCAGUAUUCCUGAAAGUGUCCUUGCACACGACUAAAACAGAACCAGAACUAUUGAAGCAGUGUUUACAUGACAGAAUACUUGAAUGUUCUGGGAUUAUAAAUAUAUGAACAUUGACGCGCGUUAUGAAAUGGCGGGCUCGUGCUUUGCUCUCGGGGGUCCUGCUGUUGUGUGUUCUUGGCACUCGCUGGUUUCUCUCUGUAUGUUAUGUUGGAGGUGUUGCUGGAUUGUUGAUCCGCGUCUGAGAGCCGGUCGCUCGGUCAGUCUGCAGGAUCACUCCACUGAUGUCAACACAAGUGUCUUGCACUCACAACUGGAACUUAAACCCCUCGCCCCCCCCCAAAAAAACCCAAAAGCGGAGGAGUUUUCUUUGCUGCACAGCGUCUGGCUCGCCGAACAACCCUUGUUGUGAACCGUAUUAUUGUUGAUUUGAUUUGAUCUUUCUCAUUGGAAACCACUUGGACGUCCACUUCCCUUCUCGGAGAGCGCACCAGGACUUUACUGUAGGACGUCAGCGCGUCGAGUGCCUUCACAAAGCUGUUCAAGAGUUUAGUGCCAACCGUCAGGAGUCUCACACACACACACACUUUCUCAACGUUUACCCUUCUACAGGCCUGCGCUCAUGCAGAGCUGGUGUUUCAGUUGAUUUUGGGUUAAUCUCGAUCACAGGUACUGAAGAAGAGCCCCAGACUCAAGCCCACACACACACACACACACACACACCACUGUCUCCAGUAUCUUCUUCUUUGGUUUUGUUGUUAUUUUGAUUUUAACAAUGUGAUGUACCAUUCUAAUCCGAUUGUACGUUUGAUUUCAGGCGAGCGUUUUAACCGCUGUCUGAGUGUUUUAAAAGAGACUUUUAAUACAUGCAUUUCUUAAAAAAAACAA